AUGAUUGAGGCGAAAAGACGUCGCCGAUGGCCUCAUCAAUACGAGUACUGCAUUAAACAUUGGACAUGCAACGUGAUUCUUCUGAAAUGGAUGUCUUCUGACGGAAAGAUGCGGACUAGUAGCGAUUUCGACAAUCUAGGAAGCUUAGGUUCCAUUUAUAAGCUGCGAAGAAGGAAAAGAAAUCCUAAGAGUUUUUACAUGCUCAUCGUCGCCGAUUUCAACGCUGAGAUUAGCUAUACUUGGGCGGACUACAAUCAUGUUGUUUAG